GCGAAGGGUUCGUCUUUCCCCGUUCCUCUCCCUCAGCUUCUGCGUCACCGCAACCCCAUCCCUGAUGUUCCCGAGGAUGUCGACUAUGUCAUGCAACACUUGAACGACCCGAACUGGGACCUAAAUCAGGCAUCACCCACCGCUAGCGUCGAGUCAUUUGCGCUCGACCGGAAGGGGUCGCACGCAAAUUCGAGCGGGUUCUCAAUCCAUAGCUCUGAGCAGGACACCGAUUCGCAGAUCGGCUCAACAACCUACAAGACAGCGACGGCAUCGAGGGCGCAUCUACAAGAGGCGGACUUCGAAGAAUUCAACGAUGACUCCCCCUACGCGGAGGUCCGCGCUGCUGUCUCUAGUGUGGACGACCCUUCGAUGCCUGUGAAUACUUUCCGAAUGUGGUUCCUGGGAAUCAUACUUUCAGGUCUGAUGGCUGGCCUUAACCAUUUCUUCGAGGAACGAUAUCCAUCCCUUGUCAUUAGUCCUCUCGUUGUUCAGUUGAUCGCUCUUCCAUUAGGGAAAGGCAUGGAGUGGCUUCUUCCCCGGACGCGCAUCAACACCUUCGGCUACGUCUGGUCACUCAACCCCGGUCCGUUCAACAUCAAGGAGCACACAGUCAUCACGACAAUGGCUAGCGCAGUGUACACGGAUGUAUACGUGACGACCGUGUUCGCGACGCAGAAGGCAUUCUACAACCAGUCGCUUACAUUUGGCUAUCAAAUUCUGCUGUCGCUCUCGACGCAGCUCUUCGGAUACGCGUUCGCGGGCAUGGCGCGUCAGUUCCUCGUCUGGCCGUCAAGUAUGAUCUGGCCUGGCGCGCUGGUGUCAUGUGCGCUGCUCAACACGCUGCACAGGAACUACGGCAAGAAAGAGAGCCGCCACAUCUCGCGCGAGCGAUUCUUCCUCUAUGUCUUCAUCGCUGGCACCGUGUGGUACUUCCUUCCUGGGUAUCUGUUCACGGCGCUCAGCAUCUUCAGUUGGGUGUGCUGGAUCGCACCAACGAACCCGACUGUCAAUGCACUCUUCGGCUACAACACGGGUCUUGGCAUGGGCUUCCUCACAUUCGACUGGUCCAUGAUCUCCUGGAUCGGUAGCCCGCUGGUGACGCCGUGGUGGGCCGAGGCAAACAUCGGCGUUGCCUUUGUCUUGUUCUACUGGAUCAUCGUGCCGAUCGUCUUCUUCACGAAUACAUUCUACUCCAAGUACAUGCCCAUCUCGUCUCCUGGCUCGUACGACAACACCGGUGCUCAAUACAACAUCUCGAAUAUCAUUACAAACGGCCAAUUUGACGAGGCGAAGUAUAAGGCGUACUCGCCCUUGUUCCUCCCCGCCACCUUCGCGAUUGCAUAUGGCGUUCAGUUUGCUGCCAUCACCGCUGUUGUCGUACACACAUUCCUAUGGUACAGGCACGACAUUGCCCGCCAGCUCCGCCGUGCUCUAAAGGACGAGCGUGACGUCCACUCCCGCCUCAUGAUGGUAUACCCUGAGGUACCGUGGUGGUGGUACGCUACGAUCGGGCUCAUGGCCUUCGUAUUCGGUGUUGUAGGCAUCGAGGUCUACCCCACUGAGCUGCCUGUCUGGGCGAUGGUCGUCGCGGUCGUCAUCGCAGUGAUUUUGAUUGUCCCUGUCGGCAUGAUUCGCGCUAUCACCAACCAGAUGAUCCCGCUGAAUGUGCUCUUCGAGGUGCUCGUCGGGUACAUGCUCCCGGGAAAGCCGGUCGCAAUGAUGCUCUUCAAGACGUUCGGCUUCAUCACCGUCUCGCAGGCGUUGUCGCUCGCUAGCGACCUCAAAAUUGGCCACUACAUGAAGGUGCCGCCACGCACGAUGUUCAUGGCACAGACGAUCGCAACGCUCCUUUCCGCAUUCAUCUGCGUGCUCGUGCAGAUCUGGCAAUUUGCGAAUCUCCCUGACUUCUGCCAGUCCGACCAGAAGGACUACUUCACGUGCCCUGACGUAGACACCUUUGCGACGGCAUCGAUCAUCUGGGGCGGCAUUGGCCCGCAGCGCAUCUUCUCGAAAGGACAAAUCUACAACCCCAUCAUGUGGUUCUUCCUCGUCGGUGCCAUUGCACCGAUUCCCUUCUAUAUGCUUGCGCGCCGCUACCCCCACUCCCUGUGGAGAUACGUCAACACACCCGUCUUCUUCGCCGGUCUUGGGCAAAUGCCGCCCGCGACGGGCAUCAACUACUCGUCGUGGGUCAUGGUCGGCGGCUUCUUCCAGUGGUUCAUGCGCCGUUUCCACUUCCGCUGGUGGAUGCGCUACAACUACAUCCUCUCCGCCGCACUGGACUCGGGCCUUGCGUUCAGUCUCGUCUUCAUUUUCUUCUUCCUCCAAUACAUCAAGGGCGGAUUCACGCUCAACUGGUGGGGGAACACUGUCUGGCAAAACACGUACGACGCCAUGGGCAUGCCGUUUAUGCUUCCCAAUGGAACCUUCGGUCCGACAUCCUGGUAAUGAUUUUCUUGCAUCUGUAGCUUUACCCAUCCACCAUACCAUCUUCAACCCUCUAUCAUUAUGACGAACGAUUUUAACGACCUAUCUGCAUCAUCUCAUCUGUGACAUCCCUCAUCCGUCCACUCCUUCAUCAUUCCUUCGAUGUCACUGUGUGAACCACCUUGGGCUAGUUAGCUUCGACUUCGUUCUUACUUGUAGCAACAGGUGUACUAUCUUUCUUCUUGGUUAUAUACAUUGACACGAAAGUUGGGACUCACGAUUCAUACUAAAUGCUGCGCAUUGUUGUACUAGUACCGCCAAUGGUUGCAUGCAAAUUGCAUUAUAG